AUGGAAGUCCAACGCUCUCUUUUUUUCCGCUAUAUUUAUUACAAGAAGGCAAUGCAAAGUGGACUAUUGCUAGUUUGGUUUUCUGGGUUUUUCUUGAUAGGCGUUUCCUUAUACUCCACUCAAAUGCUGCUGCCUUCUUUCAAAAAUCAGAUCAAGAAACCAAUCCUUUUUAGAAAUGAUUUUAUCGAUUCAAGUAAUCCCACAAUCAUCAUAUUUACUGCACCAAGGCCUUUUGUUGGUUUAGUUGGGGAAAGGCAGGUUCUUGCUAUUCAAUCGUGGCUCGGUUUAUCGGAGAAUGUUAAUGUUGUUCUCUUUAGCCAGGAUUCCUCCGCUUUCUCUUUUGCAGAUGAAUUUGGUUCUCGAGUCUCAGUUGAGCCUAAUAUUGAUUUCACGUUUCUUGGUACCCCGUUUUUUCAUACGAUGGUUGCAAGGUCUCUGGCAUCAUCAUCAGAUGUUUCUGCGUUAAUUGAUCCUGAAACAAUUCUUUUACCAGACUUCAUUUCCACUCUUGAAUAUGCUUACAAGCUUGAUCAAGAGUGGCUUCUUGUUGCUUCAUCACAAACUGUUUCCCAUUUUCCUUUCCAUUUAGACGCAAAUGAGAAACAGUGGAUAGCCGAUGAUGGUAAGCAUACUGGAAUUUAUAAGCUGCAGGAGUUUCUUGCUCAGAAAUCUCACCGUAAACCAUGUGGAGAUAGAAUGCUUAUGGCAUGGAACAAUGGAGAACUUCCUCUUCACUAUGGCGUCUUACCUCCAUUCCUGUAUGGAAAGGGACUCCACAACCAUUGGAUUCUCACUGAAGCCCUGUCGUCCGACUUUAGGCUUGUACUUGAUGCAAGUUGGACCAUUUCGAAUUUCUACAUUAAUGAUCUUGACCAAGAGAAUAAUCAGUUGAUUGAAGGUUUUAAUAUUUCCGAUUUUGAUAAGAAAAGUUGGGAGAUUAUGGGCAAUUCCCAUCUCGGAGGGCUGUACGGGUCAAUUUCGCUGCGUGAAGAAAAUUAUUCUAAUCUGUUUAGAUUUCUCGAAUGUCGUGGGAACUAUAUUUUUGUAAAUACCAUAAAAAACAUUGUUUAUCCGUUGGGAUGCAAGAGAUCACUGGGCUUAAGGAAAAAGGGCAUCUCCUUAUCGUCGAUAGAGGAGAAAAUUCUGGAUUGUAUUAACGUUGUUAAAUCACUUGACGGAAUAAAGGGAUGCUCUGUGAAAGAUCAGUUAGAGCUGUUAACAUCAAUUUCACUUCCACUCUCCUUAGAAUCUCUACUGUCAAUUCGUGCUAAUCAGAAUAAGACCAUUGUUCUAGCUAUUGCUGGAUACAGUUACAAGGAUAUGCUAAUGAGCUGGGUGUGCAGGCUACGCCACCUGCGGCUCGAAAAUUUUUUGGUCGGUGCUCUUGACCAUGAAAUUUAUGGUUUUGCAGUUUUGCAGGGUCUUCCUGUUUUCAAGUAUGCAAAUCCUCUAACAAACAUCAGCUUUGAUAACUGCCAUUUCGGAACGGAGUGCUUCCAGAAAGUAACUAAAGUCAAGUCUAGAGUAGUUCUGCAGAUAUUAAAGCUUGGAUACAAUGUGCUCUUGAGCGAUGCUGAUGUGUAUUGGUUUAAGAAUCCAUUGCCCUUUCUUAGUUCUUUUGGUCCUGCAGUUCUCGUAACACAAUCAGAUGAAUACAACAUAACAGGACCCAUAAACUUACCUCGGCGACUUAACUCUGGCUUCUAUUAUGCUCAUUCAGAUGGUAUAACCGUUGCAGCAUUGGAAAAAGUAGUGAGGCAUGCAGUUAAUUCCAAUCUGUCAGAACAGCCAAGCUUCUAUGACACAUUAUGUGGGGAAGGUGGGUCUCACCGUUUAGGCGAUAACAGAUGCUUGGAGCCCGAAACAAAUUUGACGGUAUAUUUCUUGAACAGAGACCUGUUUCCAAAUGGUGCAUACCAAGGUCUGUGGGAGGAAAGAAACGUGAAAGAAGCCUGUACGAACAAGGGCUGUUUUAUUCUCCAUAACAACUGGAUUAGUGGAAGGAGGAAGAAGAUGGAACGACAGCUUUGUUUUUCACGUUAUGGAGGAGAAAUCGAAGAAUUAUUUUUUGUCAGAUAUACUUUUAUCUACAAAGCUUUGGAUUUAUCACUGGUUAUAUUUGAGAUGGUGCUAAAACAGCUGGCCAAAAAGGGCAAAAUUUGGUCUCAUUCGGUGUUUGUCAGUGAAUCCAGGAGAAAAAAAGAGUUGAAAGAGGAAACAAUCUCAUUCAGCGCAGGUUCACAUCUAAAGAAUACUACUGUAAAGAUAGUUCAUGCUGCACAGCCUGAUAUCUUCAAGCGCCCACAUGAAUCUGUUUUAUCUGCUGAAGAUAUGUUGUUGCCGGGCAAUAAAUACAUUAUCAUCCGGUCUACUACUGUAGAGAAAUUGAAACGCACACACACAAGGAAAGGGAAUGUAAAUCAACAAGCUGAUAAUGAUGAGCCUAUCUUAGAUUUUAAAGAAAUUAAAGAUGUUGGAGAUAAUUAUUCAGAAGAAUCUUUUUGUUCUGCUGAAGACUUCUAUAUCUCUAAAGACAGUUGGUCAAAUCAUUUUAUGAAAAAACGCGUGAAAGAAAAGAAGCCAUUUGCAUCCCCAAUCCAGAGGCCAAGAAUGUGGAAGGAAUCCGAUUGGGAGCCGAGUCUAACUUCAAUACAGGAGCUAUCACCAUGA